AGCGACCCUGAUGUGAAAGUGAAGGUAUAUAACCCAGGUGAGGAAGACGAGGAGGGCACAGUCCAUCCUCUCUCUCUCCCCUUCCCAGUCAUGGCGUCUACACAGCUCCUCCUUCUCAGCCUGGUGGUGAUGGCAGCCACUGGAGCACCACAACUUGGAGUCGACAGUGAUCAGCCGCCGACGCCCUACGACUUCGGUUAUGGGGUGAACGUGGCGGACACUGGUGACGCCAAGGAACACAAAGAAACCGUCUCCCCGUCUGGUCGUACUGAGGGAGAGUACCGCUGGCUCCAGCCUAAUGGACUUUACAGAGUGGUGAGAUAUUAUGUGGAAGGCGACUCAGGUUUCCAGGCCGAGGUGAGUGAGGAACCCGGCUCAGAGAUCGCAAAUUACUACAGCAACUCCCUCAGCCAGGAAAGCUCCUCAGGGGCCGUCUCAUCCCAAGGAUUCGCCAAGAGCUUCGAUUCCAGUCAAUCCACUCUUGGAGCCGCCAUUAAUGUGGUCAGCGCCCCUCAACCCAGCCGCAACCGUCAGUCCAGCUUCAGGCCCACCCAGAGAUUCCAGAGCCAACAACGGCCAAGCUUCAACACCCAACAACAGCCAAGCUUCAACACCCAACAACGCCAGAGCUUCACCAGCCAACAACAGCCAAGCUUCAACACCCAACAACGCCAGAGCUUCACCAGCCAACAGGAAUCUAACAGCAACAUAAUCGACGGAGGAUUCAUCGACGGAGGCAUCAUCGACGGAGGAUUCAUCGACGGAGGCACCAUCGACGGAGGCAUCAUCGACGGAGGCUACAUCAACUGAAGCCCACGAAAAUUACACCAAAUGCCAGGGUUUGAAAACCCAUUCGAACCCUUAACCUAAGACAGUAUCUAUGAAGUACAAUGAACAUGCAUCAUCUAUGUCCACUGGAUCUGGUAGAAGUAGAAAUCAGAAUUCCCUGACCAUGAAAGUUGUCCAAAGACCAACAUCUUCCAUGGAGAUGUUUAAGCUUUUCUGCCUGUUGAUUUGAUAUGGACAUUUGCUUUAGUGUGUUGAAGAUAAAUGCUUUAGAAACUCUUGGACAACUUUAACACUCAGGGACUUGUUUCAGUACAGAGGUCUGGAUGACCUUCAGAAUAUACAAAUUCCUACUCCAACAUUCAUCAUUACGGACAGAGUUUAUAAAAAAAAUUGAGUUCAUAGUACUUCAUUUACAAAUAUAUGUUCUAUAUAUUUUCUUACUAUAAUUGUGUUAUUAUAAUAAAACCAUUGUAUGAA